GACUUGUAGUGUAUGUCAAGUCACUUAAAGUCAAAGUCACUACCAAAUUAAAAUACAAAAUUCAAUCGGUUUAAAGCAAAAUUCACAGCUUGUACAAAAAAUGUUAGUGGAAGAGGCCAUCUCAAACAUUCCCGAUGAGGUUAUAGAUUACCUGGUGCAGCAGAGGCGGCGUGAACGAGAAUUGACCGUUGAGAAGGAGGUACUCAAGGAGCGCAUCAAAAAGGUUCAGGACAUCCUUAAAUUACUGGAAGGUCGCGAUAAUGGACUUCCUUGCAUGAUUUCGGGGGGCAAUGUCUACCAGCAGAGCACCGUGCAACAGGUGAAGGACAGCCUGGCUGCCAAUCUAUCCAUCUCCAUGGCACUCUUCGUCAAAGCCCAUCGGAAGCUACUGAGAUUACAGCAAGAUCUGAACCAGGAUUACGAGACGGUCUGCGACAACGUAAGCAGGAUUGGGACUACCAACUUACCCUAGCUGCCUAAAUUAAGAGGUUCUACAAAAUUAAACACGAUAUUAAAUGCAAAGUUAAGUAAAGAGAUUUUUUUGAAACUGACUUGAAAACUAGUUCAAGAUAUUAUUAUAUUAUUGAAUGUAUCGA